AUGAGUUCUGAGGGAGUGUCACUACCGUUGAUCCACGAGCAUCUUAUGAUACCUUGGAAUGACCUGAGGAAAGGUGAUUGUUGUGGACGCUUGGAAGCUAUCAGUGAUGGCUACUAUUGCAAAAGCUGUGAUUUCUUUGUCCACAAGAAAUGUGGCGAUGAGUGCUCCGAGUUUAUCGAACACCCAUGUCACUCCAUUCACACUCUCACCCUUGUACGUGGAGAGAGGAUAAAACGAGGUACUUAUUGCGAUUUAUGUGGAAAGAGUAUAAACGUGAAUCUCUAUUAUAGCUGCAAGAUCUGUGACUUCGACGUGGACCUAUAUUGUGCCAAGUACCCACCACCAGAGGUUAUUGAUAUUUCUGAGACGCAUAACCACAAGCUCACCCUUAUCAAGAAGCAGAUCGAGUUUGAUUGUGAUGCUAAAUGUGGCAAUGAUGGUUAUGGGUUUCGUUACAAAUGCCAUGAAUGUGAAGUAUCAUUCCAUGUGGAUUGCGUUUGGAAUCCGUCGGAGGUAAAACAUCUGUUAGAGUUAAACCACUCCCACCACUCCUUACACCCUCUUAAGCUCCUCACGGGUCUAUUACCGAUCUAUAUUGAUGAAAAAUGUCGUCUUUGUGGAAGAGAGAUUGAAGAUAAAUUAUUUAAUCAUUGUUCUUCUUGUAACUUCAGCGUGGAUGUACGUUGUCUUUUAAACCCACCACCGCUAUAUUUGCUGGAUUUGAAAGCUCAUGAUCACCAACUCACUCUUUUCCCAAGACUCGGUUAUUUUAUAUGUAACGCUUGCGGGAUGAGGGGAGAUCGAAGCCCUUACAAAAUAAAAGUAAAAUCUAGAGUUGGGCAAAAAAGACCGGAACUGAUUAUCCAAAUCGGAACCGAUUAUCCAAAUCGGAACCGAUUAUCCAAAUCGGAACCGAUUAUCCAAAUUGGAACCGAUCCGAACGUUGGACCCAAAACCGUAUCUGAACCCGAUGAUUUGCCCUAUUGGAACCUAAAUUCCUCUACCCGAAAAACGAACCCGAACCCGACUCGAAUCUGA